GGGGUCGGCGGAGAUGAGAGCCCGGCCUCGGGCCGCCUUCGUCUUCCAGAAAGGAGGCUCAGAUGAGCCCCUGCUGACUCGAGAGAGAAAGAGAGACCACGCUGAUCGCUGAGAGGAGCUGGAGGAAGGAAAAAAAAAAAAAAUUUCCCCGAACUCAGUGAGAGAAGAACCGGCUCACCAUGAGCAGCGCCGUGCUGGUUACUCGCCUGCCAGACCCUAGCAGCAGCUUCCGAGAGGAUGCUCCCCGGCCCCCGGUUCCGGGGGAGGAAGGGGAGACGCCACCCUGCCAGCCGGCGGUGGGCAAGGGCCCGGCCACCAGACCCAUGCCUGUCUCCCCCAGCGCCCGGCGGAACGAGGACGGGCUGGGGGAGCCGGAGGGGCGGGCGUCCCCGGAUUCCCCUCUGACCAGGUGGACCAAGUCCUUACACUCCCUGCUGGGCGAUCAGGACGGCGCUUAUCUCUUCCGGACUUUCCUGGAGAGGGAGAAAGGCGUGGAUACUCUGGACUUCUGGUUUGCCUGCAACGGGUUCAGGCAGAUGAACCUGAAGGAUGCCAAAACCUUGCGCGUCGCCAAGGCGAUCUACAAGAGGUACAUCGAGAACAACAGCAUCGUCUCCAAGCAGCUGAAACCGGCCACCAAGACGUACCUAAGAGACGGCAUCAAGAAGCAGCAGAUCGAUUCCAUCAUGUUUGACCAGGCGCAGACCGAGAUCCAGUCGGUGAUGGAGGAAAAUGCCUACCAGAUGUUUUUGACUUCUGAUAUAUACCUCGACUAUGUGAGGAGUGGGGGAGAAAACACAGCGUAUCUGAGCAACGGGGGGCUGGGGGGCCUCAAGGUCGUGUGCGGCUAUCUCCCCACCUUGAACGAAGAGGAGGAGUGGACUUGCGCCGACUUCAAGUGCAAACUUGCGCCCACGGUGGUUGGCUUGUCCAGCAAAACCCUGAGGGCUACAGCUGGCGUGCGGUCCACGGAGACUGUCGAAAACGGAUACAGGUCCUUCAAGAGGAGCGAUCCUGUUAACCCGUACCACGUAGGUUCCGGCUACGUCUUUGCACCAGCCACCAGUGCCAACGACAGUGAGAUAUCCAGCGACGCACUGACUGACGACUCCAUGUCCAUGACGGACAGUAGCGUAGAUGGAAUCCCUCCUUACCGCGUGGGGAGUAAGAAACAGCUCCAGAGAGAAAUGCAUCGCAGCGUGAAGGCCAAUGGCCAAGUGUCUCUACCUCAUUUCCCGAGAACCCACCGCCUGCCCAAGGAGAUGGCCCCCGUGGACCCCGCCGCCUUCGCGGCCGAGCUCAUCUCCAGGCUGGAGAAGCUGCAGCUGGAGCUGGCGAGUCGGCACAGCCUGGAGGAGCGGCUGCAGCAGAUGCGCGAGGAUGAAGAGAAGGAGGGUCCCGAGCUCGUGCUGGGCUUGCGGGAUGGGGCAGCCCCCCAGCACCCCCUCUCCCUCCUGCCCUCCGGCAGCUACGAAGAGGACCCGCAGACGAUUCUGGACGACCACCUGUCCAGGGUCCUCAAGACCCCGGGCUGCCAGUCCCCCGGCGUGGGCCGCUCCAGCCCCCGCGCCCGCUCCCCCGACCACCACCACCACCAGCCGCUGUACCACCCCCUGCUGCCCCCCGGGGGCAAGCUGCCCCCCGCCACCACCUCACCGGCCGGCUGCCCCCUCCUGGGGGCCAAGGGCUUCGUGACCAAGCAGACCACGAAGCACGUCCACCACCACUACAUCCACCACCACGCCGUCCCCAAGACCAAGGAGGAGAUGGAGGCGGAGGCCGCUCACAGGGUGCGCUGCUUCUGUCCCGGGGGCCCCGAGUAUUACUGCUACCCCAAGUGCAAAAGCCACCCCAAGGCCCUGGAGCCCGGGCCUGCCGAGCACUUCGGUGGCAGCGCCGCCGAGCCCGGCCUGGCCCUGGCCCCCAGGGAAGGAGCCGGGCUGCAGCUGCCCCGGGAGCACGGAGACAGGGCGCAGGAUGUCUGGCAGUGGAUGCUGGAGACCGAGCGGCCGAGCAAGCCCAGGCCCCAUAGUGCCCAAAGCACAAAGAAGGCCUCCCCCGUGGAGUCUGUCCGCGUGCCCCCCGCCGAGCGAACCAGCCGGCACCACCUGUGGGGGGGCAGCGGCGGGCACUCCCGAGCCGCCACCCGCGCCCACCUGUUGACCCAGGACCCUGCGAUGCCUCCCCUGACCCCUCCCAACACCCUGGCCCAGCUGGAGGAGGCCUGCCGCAGGCUGGCGGAGGUGUCCAAGCCCCCAAAGCAGCGGUGCUGCAUGGCCAGCCAGCAGAGGGACAGGAACCACUUGGCCACUGGUCAGACAGGAGCCACGCCCUGCUCCACCCCAGGCCUGGCCGCAGAAGAUCACAAAGAGCCAAAGAAACCAGCAGGGGUCCAUGCGCUCCAGGCCAGCGAGCUGGUCGUCACGUACUUUUUCUGUGGAGAAGAAAUCCCGUACAGGAGGAUGCUGAAGGCUCAGAGCUUGACCCUGGGCCACUUUAAAGAGCAGCUCAGCAAAAAGGGAAAUUAUAGGUAUUACUUCAAAAAAGCCAGCGACGAGUUUGCCUGUGGCGCGGUCUUUGAGGAGAUCUGGGACGACGAGACGGUGCUCCCCAUGUACGAAGGCCGGAUCCUGGGCAAAGUGGAGCGGAUCGACUGAGUCUGCGGGUCUGGCCGUGGCCCCCCGUGGGAGCCCCACAAGCCGUCUGGGACGUGAGCCACCGCCAUGCAACACAAAGAAGGAAUUAAAAAAAAAAAAAAAAGCAAUGAAGACAAAGUCUAGGGAAGAGUUGGCCACUGAGCCUUCGGAGGGUGGGGGGAGGGUGGUUUUUUCAUUAUUCGUGAGCUGGGUACUGAGAUAAGAAAAGCCUGAACUAUUUAUUAAAACCAUGACCACUCCUGGCUGUUGAAGAUGCGGACUGUAUCUGAGAGACUGCCAUCCGUAACAUAUGACUUCCUAGGGACCUGAAGUCCAUAAACUAAGAGAAACUGUGUAUAGCUUCCCUGAACAGGAAUCCUUACUGAUAUUUAUUGAACAAGUGAUUAUCCCUGGCCCCAGUUUAUGGAUAUGCUGCUUACGCCACGGAAGGGGAGGCAGGAAGUGUUCGGGGUUCUCUCUACACGUGGGAGCUGAGCUUGGGGCGCGGGCAUGGUUUCUCCGUUAACAGAGGGAUCGCGCUCCGCCCUGCGUUUUCUCCAAGUGAAGGUAGCGUUUCUAGGGGGUGCCCUGCCACUGACUGACACACAGAAAUCGGUGCAUUUUUUUUUUUUCUUUCUGUGCUGCUGUAUUUUGUCAAAAGGGUCUUGAGGUUUGACUUAACGUUGCAACAUCACCGCCACUUGGGGUCGCCUUGUUGGGUGUUCAUUGCUGAGUACAGCUGUUUCUUUCUCUUUUUAUUGGGGGGCCAGGGGGAAUGGGGAGGGCAAAGCAGGCCUCCGGGGGGCCCCCAAGUCAUCCCGUAGCACCCCGUAGCUCCCCACCAAGGCCCAGCGCUCAGUGCCCGAGGCCCGCGAGAAUCUCGUGGUUCGAUGUGCAUUCAUUGGAAUGAAGCC